AUGCGGUCCUUUACUCCUCUAGUUCUGAGCCUUUUGGGUGCCACCACCGUGGUCUCCGCGACAGAUGCCGAGCCUGCCCCCAACGUGAUCUCCCUCACAACGGAUAAAUUCGAUGAUUUCGUCAAGGAGCACGACUUGGUCCUGGCUGAGUUCUAUGCUCCCUGGUGUGGUCACUGUAAAGCAUUGGCCCCCAAAUACGAAGAAGCUGCCACCGAGCUGAAGGGCAAGGGUAUCCCUCUGGUCAAGGUGGAUUGCACCGUAGAGGAGGAACUGUGCCGCACUUACGAGGUUGACGGUUAUCCAACUCUGAAGGUCUUCCGGGGCCCCGACUCACACACCCCCUACGGCGGUGCUCGUCAAACAGACUCGAUCGUUUCGUACAUGACCAAGCAGUCAAUGCCCGCCGUUUCCAGCGUCACCGAGGAGACCUUGGAAGAAUUCAAGGCCCUGGAUAACAUUGUUAUUGUCGGUUAUGUCGGUUCCGACGACCAGACAUCAAACAAGAGUUUCACUACCUUCGCCGAGGCCCACCGCGAUAACUAUAUGUUUGCCGCCUCUAAUGACGCCUCCCUUGCCAAAGCCGAGGGUGCCAAGCAGCCAUCCAUUGUGCUGUACAAGGAUUUCGAUGAGAAGAAGGAUGUCUACGACGGCAAGUUCGAUGAGGAGUCUAUUAUCCAGUGGGUGAAGACCGCCAGCACUCCCCUUGUUGGUGAGCUUGGUCCCGAGACUUACGCCAAGUACAUGUCGGCUGGUAUUCCCUUGGCCUAUAUCUUUGCCGAGACCGCCGAAGAGCGCGAGAAGUUCGCUGAGGACUUCCGCCCGAUCGCUGCCAAGCACCGUGGAGACAUCAACAUUGUUACUCUUGAUGCCAAACUCUUUGGUGCCCACGCUAGCAACCUGAACCUAGAGCCCGAGACUUUCCCCGCUUUCGCUAUUCAGGACACGACCAAGAAUGCCAAGUACCCCUACGAUCAGUCCAAGAAAAUUGACGCCAAGGACGUUGGCAAGUUCAUCAAGGAUGUCAUUGAUGGCAAGGUUGAGCCUAGCAUCAAGUCCGAACCUAUUCCCGAGACCCAGGAGGGCCCGGUCACUGUGGUUGUGGGCCGUAGCUACCAGGAGCUCGUUAUUGACAACGACAAGGAUGUUUUGCUUGAGUUCUAUGCUCCGUGGUGCGGCCACUGCAAGUCACUUGCCCCCAAGUACGACGAGCUUGCUUCUCUGUACGCCGACGUAGCCGAGUUCAAGGACAAGGUUGUUGUCGCCAAGAUUGAUGCCACCGCCAAUGAUGUCCCUGACUCCAUCACUGGCUUCCCGACCAUCAAGCUGUACCCUGCUGGCAAGAAGGAUGAACCGGUUGAGUACGAGGGAUCUCGCACUGUUGAUGACCUUAUCACCUUCAUCAAGGAGAACGGAAAGUACCAGAUUGAUGGGUCGGCCGAGAGUGCUAAGCCUGAGCAGGGCGACGAAGAAACCGCCCCUGCCUCGGCCUCUGACAAGGCCACUGAGACCCCGGCGUCUGAGGAGGGCCACGAUGAGUUGUAA